UUAUGCAAACUCCAAAUUGCCACACUUUGUGCACUGCUCUCUCCAGAAGCAAGGACUUCAUAAGCUUCCCCCCUAUAAAAGAGACUCAGACGCAAGCCAAAGCUCUUACCCCUCCAUUGCGUAAGCUCUUCACAAUUUUCUUUUUCAUUUGCUUCAAAGAUCGAAACUUCGGUUUAGAAUUUGAUUCGACAUUGUCACGCACAAAUCGACAUGACGGCGAAGGAAUGCGGCCACCAGGAGGAGGAGGAGCACCGCCUCUACCGGCAGCUAUUCUCCCUCUUCCUGGGCACCAUUGUCCUCAUCCUCUUCAUCAUUUUCCUCAUUUUCCUCAUCCUCCGCCCCGCCAAACCCGCCUUCGUCCUCCGUGACGCCACCAUCUACCAGUUCAACGCCUCCUCCAUGCCGAGCCUCCUCACCACCAACAUGCAGGUCACGCUGUCGUCCCGGAACCCCAAUGAGAGGAUCGGCAUCUACUACCAAAAGCUCGACAUAUACGCGUCGUACCGGGGGCAGCAGAUAACGCUGCCAACGCUGCUGCCGGAGAGCUACCAGGGGCACAAGGAGGUGAUCGACUGGUCGCCAUUCUUGUACGGGAGUGCCGUGCCGGUGUCGCCGUUCCUCACGGGGGCUUUGGAACAGGACCAGAAUACGGGGAGUGUGCUUGUGAACAUAAAAGUGGAUGGAAAUGUGAAGUGGAAGGUUGGAACGUGGAUCUCAGGCAAGUAUCAUCUUCAUGUCAACUGUCCGGCUUUGCUGGUGUUUAAAGAACCGACUGGUGGUAUCGCCGCUGGACCCUCCAUGAAGAUUCAGAUCACUCAACACUGUACUGUUGAUGUGUAGAGAGAGAGUGUGUGUGUGUGUGGAAGUGUUACAUCUCACUCUCUCUCUCUCUCUCUCUCUCUCUCUCUCUAAAUGUAAUUUGUUUGCUUUUUCCUCUCUUUUUCUCUCCCCGUCAAGUGAAAAUGAAUCAACUGAAGUAAAUUUCAGUUUAUUUUCUUUGUUUCCUUGUUCAUCUUCUGGCUUCGUCUAGCUCUCCUAUGCUUGUUUUAGGCAAUA